UUGAUAUACUUGAAGUAUGAUUUCGGGAAAUCUUACAUCUCAUCCUAUAAUCGGUGCUAAAAAUUUGUACGCGUCUUAAUCUGCUUGUGCGGUUGUUCGUACGUAGUGAUCGAGUAACUUUAUCGCGGCGAUGAUUGAUCGUCGUUCAGGGAAGAAUAUUGAAUCCUCGCGUGGCAGAGACUUCAUGGAGUGCAAACAUAUUUUGCACACAGUGUUCGCUACAACACGUUAUUGACAAGGUGUUCUUUUCGCCGACACACGGAGAAACCGGCAUCGAAAUUCGUGUAAAUCAAUCAUUUUCACAUUUAAAAAGAACAGAAAACGAAAGUAUAAAGUGAUCGUGUACCAUUCAACGCUUUGUUUUUCUUUCUUCGGCGCAAGGUGGAUCUAUUUCCGUCGUGAAUUUGUUCGCAAAGCUGUUUUGAAUGUCUUCCACUCUAUCGUGGUAGACGCAAGCAAGCGUGACGAAACUGAAACUCUGACACAAGAGAUUCUUUACACAGAUGACGACUAUUCUCUUGUUGUAUAUUCCUUUUCGUUGCUAGAAACAGAAACCGCGUUAGUACGUUUUUAGUGCGUCUGGCUAAAGUAGUAGAUGAAGGCACGAGCAAAAUAUUGAUAAAUCAAUAAUAAUUCUGGUCAUACCCGUUUCAACGAAGGUUAGAAAAAAUGAAUUAUUUUUGCACGCAGACGUCAGUAGAAGGUUGAUAAGACGUGAUCAGAAGUUUCGACGGCUGAAAUCGGCCGAAGGACGGCCGCCAGAAAUCCGCCUUGGCCUACUCGAUUGAAAGUUGCUCCGCUGCGUUCAAUGCAACCAACUACCAGGGGGAGCCCCCAGGUUCCCAUUCCUGGCUCAUUACGUCCAUUUACACCUCCGGAUCUUUCUUCUAUACCUCAUAUGGACGGUACACCGCCGCAAAGCAGCGGUGGUCGUAACAGUUCCUCAUCUGUGAGCGGUCGAGCCAACGAUGGUGUCCCAGAACAAUCCGGCCCAUAUAUCAUCGGUAGCCCCAUCGAUCUCGGCAAUAUUGAUAAUGUCGAUAAUAUUGGCCUACGUAUAGAUCCUCUGCCGAGUGGACGUCGGAGGGGACGCGAACACAUCGAACUGCAAGAGGCUGGAGUACAUGAAACCACUUCCGAAGUUGGUCCCAUAAGAGCGGAAAAUGGUGCAUCCCAAGGUGACGAUCAACGGUCUUCGCAUCAACAUGAUAGCAGCGAGGAAAGGGUGGUUUUCAUAAAUGCUCCUCAUCAGCCAGCGAAAUAUAAAAACAAUCGCAUUACUACCGCAAAGUACUCACUUCUUUCGUUUAUACCUAUGUUUCUUUUUGAACAAUUUCGUCGAUAUAGUAAUUGCUUCUUCCUAUUCAUCGCUCUCAUGCAGCAAAUACCGGAUGUAUCGCCUACAGGUCGAUACACGACUUUGGUUCCAUUAAUUUUUAUUCUUAGUGUAUCUGCAUUGAAGGAAAUAGUUGAAGAUAUUAAAAGACAUAGAGCGGAUGAUGAAAUUAAUAUGCGUGAAGUGGAAGUUUUGAGGGAUGGCCAUUGGCAGUGGAUACAAUGGAGAAAUAUUGCUGUUGGUGAUGUGGUUAAGGUCCACAACAACAAUUUCUUCCCUGCUGACUUGAUCUUAUUAUCAUCAUCGGAGCCACAGGGUAUGUCUUUCAUAGAGACUGCCAAUUUGGAUGGAGAAACAAAUUUGAAGAUACGACAGGCCCAUCCUGACACUGCCAGUCUCUUAGAUGCUGCUGAAUUAAUGAAUUUUCGUGCAAAUAUUCAGUGUGAACCACCAAAUAGACAUUUAUAUGAGUUUAAUGGAGUGUUGCGAGAAACUAAUAAACAAUCUGUAGCUUUGGGACCUGAUCAAGUAUUGCUUCGUGGUGCAAUGCUAAGAAAUACACGUUGGGUGUUUGGUGUAGUAAUCUAUACAGGCCAUGAUACAAAACUUAUGCAAAAUAAUACAACAACUGCACCCUUAAAAAGGUCCACCUUGGACCGACUGACCAAUACACAAAUACUCAUGUUGUUCUUUAUACUUCUUUUGCUGUGCCUUUUAUCUGCAAUAUUUAAUGUUCUUUGGACUAAAGCUAAUAGUUAUGGAUUGUGGUAUUUAGGUUUGCAAGAGGAAAUGACUAAAAACUUUGCUUUUAAUCUUUUAACAUUUAUGAUUUUAUUUAAUAAUUUAAUACCAAUUUCAUUGCAAGUCACGUUAGAAGUAGUAAGGUUUGUUCAAGCCACAUUCAUUAAUAUGGAUAUUGAAAUGUACCAUGCAGAAACGGAUACACCUGCAAUGGCACGUACAAGCAAUCUUAAUGAAGAACUUGGCAUAGUGAACUAUGUAUUUACUGAUAAAACAGGAACUCUUACGAAAAAUGUAAUGGAGUUUAAACGAUGUUCAAUUGGUGGAAAGUUGUAUGAUUUGCCAAAUCCAAAUAUAAAUGGCAAUGAAGUUGGUACUAGUGUCAAUAGUGAACUAGUUAGAGAUGUUGUUGAAGGAAGAUCAGUACAAGAUUCUCCUCGUCCUGUUGAUAAGAAGGCUGCAAACCAUGCAAAAGUAGUACAUGAAUUUAUGAUUAUGCUUUCAGUGUGUCAUACUGUUAUUCCUGAGAAAGUUGAUGAAACUAUAAUUUAUCAUGCUGCAUCUCCAGAUGAAAGAGCACUAGUAGAUGGAGCACGUAAAUUUAACUACGUAUUCGAUACUAGAACACCUUCUUAUGUGGAAAUAGUAGCUCUCGGUGAAAGACUUCGUUAUGAAAUAUUAAAUGUAAUAGAAUUUACUUCAGCUAGAAAAAGAAUGUCUGUAAUUAUAAAAACACCAGAAGGAAAAAUCAAACUUCUUUGUAAAGGAGCUGAUUCUGUUAUUUACGAAAGGUUAUGUCCAGUUUCCUUAGAUAAUAAUGAUCUUGAACAGAGUAGUUCUGACGACUUUCGAAAUGUAACUUUGGAACAUUUAGAAGCAUUUGCAUCCGAAGGUUUAAGAACACUUUGUUUUGCCGUUGCAGAUAUACCUGACAAUUUUUAUCAGUGGUGGCGUGAAACUUAUCAUAAUGCAACAAUUAGUAUAGGAAAUCGUGAAAGCAUGAUUGAAAAUGCAGCAAAUCUUAUUGAAACAAAAUUAAGAUUAUUAGGAGCAACUGCUAUUGAAGAUCAAUUACAGGAUCAGGUACCAGAAACAAUACAGGCUCUUUUACAAGCUGAUAUUAAUGUUUGGGUAUUAACUGGAGAUAAACAAGAAACUGCCAUAAAUAUUGGCUAUUCUUGUAGAUUGAUUACACAUGGAAUGCCGUUGUAUAUCAUUAAUGAAUCAUCUUUAGAUAAAACAAGGGAAGUCAUAAUACAGCGUUGUCUUGAUUUUGGAAUUGAUUUAAAGUGUCAAAACGAUGUAGCUCUAAUUAUAGAUGGAAAUACAUUAGACUUUGCAUUAUCCUGUGAUAUUAGAAUGGAUUUUCUAGAUUUAUGUUCAUCUUGCAAAGUUGUUAUUUGUUGCAGAGUUUCACCAAUGCAAAAAGCUGAGGUGGUUGAUUUGAUAACAAGUAACAAAAAGGCUGUUACACUUGCUAUUGGAGAUGGCGCAAAUGAUGUAGCUAUGAUUCAGAAAGCACAUAUCGGCGUUGGAAUUUCUGGUGUUGAAGGACUUCAAGCAGCUUGUGCUUCUGAUUAUUCUAUUGCACAAUUUCGUUUUUUGAAACGUUUAUUAUUUGUCCAUGGUUCAUGGAAUUAUAGUAGAAUGUGUAAAUUAAUAUUGUAUUCAUUCUAUAAGAAUAUUUGUUUGUAUGUUAUUGAAUUGUGGUUUGCCAUCUAUUCCGGCUGGUCUGGACAAAUCCUUUUUGAGCGAUGGUCGAUUGGUCUUUACAAUGUUGUAUUUACAGCAGCACCUCCAUUAGCUAUGGGUCUUUUUGACAAAGUAUGUUCCGCAGAAACUCAUUUAUCUCACCCAGGAUUAUAUGCUACAAAAAAUACUGGAGAAUCGUCAUUUAAUAUUAAGGUAUUUUGGAUUUGGAUUGCAAAUGCUCUAGUACAUUCUUCUCUUCUUUAUUGGUUAUCACUGAUGGUUCUAAAAGAAGGUGUGGUGUGGGCAAAUGGCCGAGAUGGUGGAUAUAUUAUUUUAGGAAAUUUUGUAUACACGUACGUAGUUGUAACAGUGUGUGGAAAAGCAGGACUAAUAAUAAACUCUUGGACGUGGGUCACUCAUUUAGCAACUUGGGGAUCUAUUAUGCUUUGGUUCUUAUUUAUUCUUAUAUACAGUAAUUUUUGGCCUGCUUUAAACGUGGGUGCAGUGAUGUUAGGCAAUGAUAGAAUGCUAUUUUCUUCACCUGUAUUUUGGCUGGGUUUAGUACUUAUACCAUCAGCAGUACUACUUGUGGAUGUUACAAUUAAGGCAGUAAAGAAUACUAUCUGGAAAUCCGUUACUGCGGCAGCUAGAGAAAAUGAAAUUCGGAAAUCGGAUCCUGGGGAUAUAUUCAACAGUCAUGAUUAUAGAAGCUCAUUGACGGAGACGGCGCGGCUACUGAAAAACGUAAAAAGUGUUUUCACCAGGCGAUCAAACGCCGCCUCCAGAGUUAAUACCGAGGUGGAACUAUCACAGAGUAAUAGGUUGCGAUCUUUGUUGUUGCACAUGCUGCGCGCUACAGAUGGAUUUGCAUUCUCUCAAGAGGAAGGAGGUUCGGUGACACAGACGGACGUGAUCAGAGCUUACGAUACAAAUCUUCCGAAACCUGGCGGCAUGUGAUCUUAAUUCAUCUAGUUAGAUAAUCUACAGAGAUGUAUAUUCUAUAUAUACGUACUUUUUUCGAGCAAUGAAAGCAGAAAUUUAAAAAAAGAAAAAAAAAAAAAGAAAGAAAAGGAGACGAAGAAGAAAAGAACGAAAGGAAAGAGAGAGAAGAGAAGUAAAGUUUUUUCUGGGAAUUUGGCACUCGCCAAGCCCUACGUAACGCCUGUCUACUGUGUUUUACUACUGAUUCAAUGUCUCGCUCGUUCUUCUCUUGAAAAAAGGAGAUUUUACGAUUGUAGAUGAUGGGCCUUGUAACAAAUAGUAUUAGAAAGACUAUCAAACGACAAUUUUAAGGAGAAGUAUUCCUUCUUUUAAAUCAUUAAGACCACGCGCGAGUGAAAAAGGAAAACAAGGAGAAACUCUACUUGUACCUUACAUAAUUGUUUUUGAUACUCCAUGAGAUUUAUUAUAUUUAUUAUAUACUUCGAACCUCAUCUCGUAAUAGGUCGUACUUUUAAUCGUCGUAACGAUUAUCGUUGCCAUCUUGUGCAUUUAAAUGAGGUGUAUUUCUAAAAGCAUUUUACGUUAGCUGAGAAUUUAGCAGAGAAUCAUUAUGCACCUCAAAUGUAUAUUUUGUUUUCGUGGUUCAACGGGAACGUGAUUUUUUUAUGGAAUAGGGAUGAAUUUAAGAAACGAACAAAAAAUUCGACUGGCGAUACGUAAGGCGACAAGGAAUUCAGCUUUCGAUCGCGAACACGAACGUAACGUACAUUCUAAAUAUGUACUACAGAAAGAAAAAAAGAAAAAAGAAACAAGAAGUAUAUGAAAAAGAAAGUAUUUGAACAGUUAUCAUUCGAAAUGUUUAUUGUAUAAGAAGACGAACUAAACGUUCUGUCAAUUGUCGUGGUGUUAGAUGUUAAAAGAACACUGUUCCCACUGGAUUCUACGUUGAUCAUUCUAUACGUCCCUUUUUUCCGUUCGUUGUUAAAUUGACUUGAAUAUAUAUAUUUUGCGAUUGUACAUACAAUAGUUACAUUGUUAUCUAGUCAAGAGAACUUGAUGUGAAUGUGUUUUUUGUUCAGAGAUUUACUCUUCCGGCCAUCAUAAACACUCCGUUUUAAGUUUACGACUGAUAAAUGAAUCUUACUAAAGAAAUAUGUGCACAUGUAUAGCAACAAUUUUGUGUAUAUUAUAUUCAGAACAUAUAUAUAUGUAUGUAUAAAUACAUAUAUAUAUAUAUAUGUUCAGAAUAUACAUAUAUAUGAAUGUAUCCGGAAUAAAAAAAUGAUUGAAGAAAAUUA